AUGAAGUGUUUGUUGUCUUAUCUUGUGUUCAUAGAGCUUCUCUGGUUUGGUUAUGGCCAAUCUACUGAUCCUCAACCUCUUGCUCCAGCUUUUUUCGUCUUUGGAGAUUCCUUAGUUGAUAAUGGUAACAACAAUUACAUUCCCACUCUUGCAAGAGCUAACUAUCUCCCAUAUGGAAUUGAUUUUGGCUUCCCCACGGGCCGUUUCUGCAAUGGCCGUACAGUUGCUGACUUUGGAGCAAUGUAUCUUGGUUUGCCAUUGGCUCCACCAUUUCUAUCUCCUGUAUCGAUUGUUCGAAACCUCAUGAGAGGGCUUAACUAUGCAUCUGCAGCAGCUGGGAUCUUAGACGAAACUGGUCAACACUUUGGAGCAAGAACUUCUUUCAGUGGACAGAUAUCACAGUUUGAGAUGACCAUCGAGUUAAAGCUUCGGCCAUUCUUUCAAACCUCUGAAGAUCUGAGGAAGUAUCUAGCCAAAUCAAUAAUUGGGAUCAAUAUAGGAAGCAAUGAUUACAUCAACAAUUACCUUAUUCCUGAUAGAUACUCAAGCAGCAAAAUCUACAGUGGUGAAGACUAUGCAAAUCUCCUCAUCAAGACACUCUCAGCUCAAAUAUCAAGACUAUACAACUUAGGUGCAAGAAAAAUGGUGUUAGCUGGAAUAGGACCAUUAGGUUGUUUACCAAGUCAGUUAUAUAUGGUCUUGUUAUAUCAGACAAAGCAUGCUGUGGUAGCGGGAGAUAUGGAGCAGCCUCGACAUGCCUUCCUUUGCAGCAACCAUAUUACCCUGGUUUACAAGACUCUAUUUUUGGAUUUGUAUGUAACAAAUGCCCAAAUCUUCAACAUCAUAAUCUACAUUCACAAUAUUAUAAGUUGA